CAAAAUUUCUCUUUUAUAUUCAUUUCUAAUACUGCACCAUUUCUACUCCCUGAACAAUCAUAUUUUUCUAUUCUCUUUUCGUAUUUACGCUUCUUCGACCUCCCUUCAUUAAAAAUUUGGAGUCAAUCUAGUUUGCAGGAAAUAUCCUAAUUUUUUUCACCCACUCCUCCUUUAUCAUUUCGAUACAUAUUAUUUACUCUUGCUUCUUAUUAGUGUUGCCCUUUAGAAAAUAUAGCCUUGCGUCAUGCAGAGUUUAUUAUGGAAUAAAUAGCAACUUUAAAUAAACUCAGUCACGUGCAACUACGCCAAAUAUAUAUUCCACAAUAUGAAGAUGCCUUGCAAUAUACAGUAUUUAUAGACAAUGGUUUCGCACUUUGUUAUAAAACUAAUAUCUUCAUAGUAUACUUUUUCUAUAUGUUUGAUUCUGUUAAUGCAUUUGUUCUGCGUCUCUAUCGCAAGUGCUUCUUAUACAAGGCGAGUCACUACCGCUAACUGGGUACCGUUACUACUUUGCCACCUCCUCCCCUUAUCAAAUAGUUCAAGUUGAGACAUGAUUUGGUCUGCGUUAGCCAAAGUUUCAGUCUCGUUUCUAACAGUGUUUGCAGCUGGUAUCACAAAGUUUGUCUUUUGUGGUAUUGAAUCGCUAUUCUUUUUAUGACACUUCUACAAAUAUGUGGAAUAGGACAUAGUCCUUGUGGUUAGUAUCUGCUUUAUAAGCAGCACAAUGCAUACAUUUCCACUUGGUUUUAGUACAACUACAGUAGGGGAUACCAAGUAGCUACCACAACAUAUAUCAUAUUCAAUAACUUUUCCUAAUUUAAAAACCAAGGUUUGAGCCGAAUGAAGCACUCUACUUUGUAUUUGUUAUAGUGUAGAUGUGUUUCUUUGGUUUCAGGUUCAGUCUCACCGUGUCUUCUAUAGUCCCAGGCUGACCAAAGCCUUGUGAGUGGAUUUUGUUGAGAGAAACUAAAAAAAGUUCUUCGAGUGUGUGUUAGUGCCACCGUCAUACUAAUGGUGCCCUUUGUUUCCAAUCUUCCAUGAAAACAUGUCAGGCCACGAAGAAAUAUUGACUUGUGUGGAAACAGGUUAUUAUCAAAUGACAUUAAAUUGAAGAUAUUUCAUUGAACAGCAUUAACAUAUUUAUAAACUUUUUGAAGUUUAAAAAUAACUUCAAGCUGAUAUCAGCCUGUUUCCACAAUUCUUUGGAUGAAUGGAUGUGAAAUAUUUCCCUGCAAUUGAGAUUAUUUUCAAAAGUUCCCAAAGAAAUUCUUAAACUGGAAAAUGUGUACAAAUUAAACUAGGGAGAUUUACCUCAAAGUUUUAAUUGUCCUAUGUGUAAUGACUUUAAUAACUGGGUAUCUCAUUAAAUUUAUAUAGAUUAACAAUCCUGUAGUUAUUACUAUAUUAUAUCAGAAGAUAUAGUUAUAUCUUCAAGUUAUUUCAUAACAGCCAAGAUAUCAUCUUUAAUAAAGCCUGUGAACGUGCAAAAUAUAGAUUAAAACAAAGUUAUGGAUGACAAAAUACAAGCUGAAGUUAUUGAUUCAUCUUCUCAGAUACAGGAAAAUACAGAAGAGAAAUCUCACCCUAGUGAUGUAUGUGGGAAGAUAUUGUCACCAAAAAAGAUUUUAAUUCAACAUAAAUUAACUCACUCAUCCUCCAAGCCAUACCAGUGUGGAAUUUGUGGUAAACAAUUCUCCAACAACAAUUUGUUAACUCACCACAAACAUGUCCACACAAGAGAAAAACUAUAUCAGUGUUAUAUCUGUGAUGCAACAUUUUCUACAAAGGGUCUCUUGUGUUCUCAUUCAUGUAUACAAAAAGGAGAACGACCACACCGUUGUGACAUCUGUGGCAAAACAUAUUCUAGAAGUGGACAAUUGUCUUCCCAUAAAUAUAUCCACACAGGAGAAAGACGACACCAUUGUGAAAUCUGUGGUGAAACAUUUUCUAGAAGUGCUAAUUUGUCUAACCAUAAACUAAUUCAUACAGGAGAAAGACCAUACCAGUGUCAUAUUUGUGGGAAAAAGUUUGCUAGAAAUGCUGAUUUGUCUUGCCACAAACAUAUUCACACAGGAGAAAGACCAUACCACUGUGAUAUCUGUGGUACAACAUUUGCUCAGAGUAGUAGUUUAUCUAAACACAAACGUAUUCACACUGGAGAGAGACCAUACCAGUGUGAUGUCUGUGAUAAAAAAUUUAAUACAAGUGGUCACUUGUCUACCCACAAACGUACUCACACUGGAGAAAAACCAUUCCACUGUGAUAUUUGUGGUAAAACAUUCACUCGAAGUAGUUCCUUAUCUCAACACAAACCUAUUCACACAGGAGAGAGACCAUACCAUUGUGACAUUUGUGGUAAAACAUUUUCUACAACUCGGAAUUUAACUCGACACAAACGGAUUCACAUUGGAAAGAAACCAUACCACUGUGAUAUCUGUGAUGAAGCAUUUUCUACAAUGGUUCGUUUGUCUUCCCACAUACGAAUUCACACAGGAGAACAACCAUCAUAGCACUGAUAUUUGUCGUAAAAUAUUCUCUCAAAAAUAUUUAUUCUUCUUGGUAUAAACUCACACUGGAUAAUGGUUAACUACUAUAGUAUCAUAUGAAAUAUUUUCAUGAAGUCAUUAUUUAAUUUAAUACAAACAUAUCCAUAUGGGAGAUAAACUACAGCUCUUUGCUAUCAAGAGUAAAAAUAUUUUCUACAAGUAACAUUUUAUAAUCAUCAUCAUCGUUUAAUGUCCACCUUUCAUACUGCCAUGGGUGGGAAUAAUAAAUGAAUUUUAUGUACAUCAGGUUAUGGAUUUUAAUACAGCAAAGUUACCACCACCAUCAUCAUCAUUAGUGUUUUUAUUACUAUUUUUCAAAGUUUGUCAAAAUAUUUUUUUGCAAAUAUUUUGACAUAUGUUAUGGAUUGAGCAUAAAAUAUCCCAUUAUAUUAAAAAUGAUAAAGACCAAUGUAUUUUUAGUGUUUACCAUCAUGGAAUGUGAAUAGUUUAAAUGCAUAAGAGAUGGCUUACAGUGUUAAAAAUAAUAAUAAUCGGAAGCAUGUGACAGACCAAGAGAUAUAUGGAUAGACGACGUCAAGGAGUGAAUAAGUUACACUGUAAUGUCAGUGUAAGAUUGGUGUGAGAGGGAAUGGAAUGGUUAUCUGUUUUUGUUCUGCCAUAACUGCCUGACAUCCAACAAUCAGAUGAAGUAUAAGGAUAACAAACACCAUAUAAUAUUAAUGUAGUUAUUGAGUAACAUUGGAGUCAGCUAUGUCAUAGAAGCAGUUGGUGAAAUUGUGCAAACCACAUCUCAGGAUGUAUGGAGUUCAUUCUCCUUACCAUCAAAUACAGUGGCACUGUUAAUAUGUUCUUAUGGAUUCAAGACUGUAGUUGGUGUAUGGCUGUGUAUGAAGAACUAUGGACAGUAGGUCAUUGUGAUGACAUCUGUAGAUGUUAUGUAUACAUUAUAAAGAGGUGACGUAAAUUGUACAUGUGCAGGUUGAAAACUUACUAAUGAGACUGAAAACUCAAGUACUUCAAGAUAACAUAACUGUUUAUUUCAUUAAAUAAAUGUGAUAUCAGAAUAUUUAUAGUUACCUGUAAUAAAGUAUCAAAUGAAGAUAUAUGCAAUUAUAACAUAAUCAAAGCCCUUUCAGUAUAAUGAACAUUUCCACUGCGUGUUGGCUUGAUAAUCAUGUCACUGGUUUGUAGUAAAGUAGAGGUAGUAUAACAUAGACAUUACAUUAGGAGAAAACCUACCUCUAACUUAUUAAAAUGAUGUCAAUAAAUUCAUUAUAAUUAAUU